CGCGGAACUGCUGGAGUCGUCUUGUCAACGCGUUUUAUUCGGUCAUUUCCUUAGUUCAAUGACGAUUUAUAAACAGUGUUUAGUAAAUUUAAACGUAUUACCUUAUUUAUUUUAUUACUUUAGUGAGAGUGUCAAGUUUUAAGUGAACUCAAUGCUUGUCGUUACAUUAAGUGAUAAUAUUUUAUAAUAAAUUUACACUGUUUGUAACUAGUGGUGGUAAUUUGCAUUGUAAAUAGUGUACUGAUUAAGGGUUAGUGUCUUAGUCUGUGACAUUUUGAAUUAAGAAAUAAUUAUGAAUUGUGACGUCGGGAAAGAUAGUAGUACAGUGGAUAAAGAAGUUGAGGUUGGUUGAGGAGUGAUGCUGGUGCGGGGAUGUGCGGGGGGUGAGCUGCGGCACUCGUUGGCCGAGCGGACAAAAGCGUUGGCGGCGCGCUGCCACGCGCUGCGCUCGCCGGCGCGCGCCGACCAGCGCAGCGCGGAGCGCCGCCGCCCUAGGCACCGCAAAUCGCAAACACGCUGGUAUGUCAAGCAGCCGACAUGGCGGUUGUGGGGGGAGGAGCGCGUCGACGGCGCUAUCUACACCGUCUACCUGAAGAAAGUACGCUACCACCGGCCUACGAGGAGCGCCUCUAGCGAAUCGGAUGAUGAGAUAUCCCACCUGGAGUGGGAGACGGUGCGCGUGCGCUUCGUGAAAGCGGGUACCGUUGAGCGGCUUGUGGAGGCGCUCGCCACGGACGAUGGCGAGCUCGAAUCCACUUAUGUCAACGUAUUCUUGGCCACUUAUAGAUCGUUCGCGGAGUGCAAUCGAGUACUGGACCUACUGCUUCGACGAUAUGAAGCAUUGGCUGCGGAGGAUGUGGUCCGAACAGCAGCAAUCGAUACAUCACUACAACACCGAAAGACUCUGGUGGCAUGUCUCCAUGUAUGGUUGGAUACCUAUCCGGAGGACUUUCGCCAAGCUCCGCACCAUCCCGCACUGCAACAGCUACUCGCCUUCACACAGCUUCAUUUGACAGGCUCGGAGCUACAUUUGAAGGUGUUACAGAAGUUAGCAAUAUUCAGUGCAGAACGCAAUGGGUCCGGCGUCGGAGGCGGCGUGUGCCUGGCGCCCGGUAUGCGGCUCACGGCGCACCAUACCAGCACCUACCGACUGCCGCAUGUACCCCACCGACACUUCGCCGAACAGUUAACUAGAAUGGACAUGGAAUUGUUCAAGAAGCUAGUACCUCAUCAAUGUCUAGGUGCAGUCUGGUCACGGCGAGACAAAGACCGAUCUCAUGACGCCGCGACUGUCUCGGCCACGGUAAAUCAAUUUAAUGCAGUGUCCUUUAGAGUUAUUUCUACAGUAUUAGUUGAACCCAAUUUAAAGGCUCAUGAGAGAGCCGAUAUACUCGCGUCCUGGUUAGAUAUUGCCCGUGAAUUGAGAGUACUCAAGAAUUUUUCAUCGUUGAAAGCCAUAAUAUCGGGAUUACAAAGUAAUCCCGUCUAUAGAUUGAGAAAGACAUGGGCUUUACUACAGAAGGAGAAGUCGGAGUUGUUUGAUGAGCUCGCCCGAAUUUUUAGCGAGGAUAAUAAUAGAUGGGCUCAGAGAGAACUGUUAAUGCGCGAGGGAACGGCUAAGUUUGCCGAUACAGUUGGCGAAAAUGAUCGACAACUACAAAAGCUUCUACAUGAACGGGGAUCACCUGGGGUGAGCCAUGGGACCAUACCCUAUUUGGGAACUUUUCUAACUGAUCUUACUAUGAUCGAUACUGCUAUACCAGAUACAGUGGCAGAUGGUCUUAUAAAUUUUGAUAAACGUAGGAAGGAAUUCGAAGUUCUUGCCCAAAUAAAAUUACUUCAGGGCGCUGCAAACGCCUACCAACUACCUCCAGAUCCAAUGUUUGACCGUUGGUUCGAUUCAGUUAUAGUGUUGGACGAUCGAGAAGCGUAUCAGCUUUCAUGUCAAAUAGAACCACCAACAAACCCGCCCAAAGAAAGGCGACCGAAGAAGAUAAACGAUUGUAAUAAUCAAGGACACAGAAAGAAUGACUCGAUCGCUAGUACGAGUUCCAGUAAUAGUUCACAAUUCUAUUGCGAAACUGACGGAACUGGGAAUGCCUGGAAGAGAGACAGUUUAGAACGUCGAGCGUCACCAACUAGAUUAUCUCAUGGCUCAUCGUCGUCGUCUUUACCUUCUCUGGAUGUGUCUCUGUCUAGUGCAAAUAGUAAUCAAAAACAAGCGAAUGGUAAAACAAGCGCAGCGAGUCCGGCACAUGCGAAUUCGCGAAGCGGACCAGACUUCUAUAUUAUUCGAGUCACUUUCGAGUCGGAUUGCGUGGAGACGGAAGGCGUAGUAUUAUACAAAUCCAUAAUGCUGAGCAACAACGAGCGAACUCCGCAGGUGAUACGCAACGCGAUGCUGAAACUCAACUUAGAGGGUGAUCCCGAUGGAUACACAUUGGCUCAAGUCUUACCAGACAGAGAAAUGGUGCUCCCUGCAAACGCCAACGUAUAUUACGCCGUAAACACAGCAUACAACUUAAAUUUUAUUUUGCGUCCACGCAAAGCAACGCAGAAUGAGCUCGUAAAUGGAAAGGCACGAGGCAAGCGUCCCUGAUUGUACACGCAGUAAGCCUUCGCCUGGGCAUUCUUUUGGCGCAGAACCCUGUGAUCCUGUACAAAUCCUCAAGUUCCUCUCAUUGUUUAUUUUGUGUCUGUUGUGUUAACUGUACUAUUUUAUUGAACGGGACUGAUGUUUCAUUAAAAGUGUACUCAAUUGCGAAUUAUAUUACUAAAAAUAAUACAAAGGUACUGAUAAAAAAGUUACUCCUAAUGCCACCCUUUUUUUAUCCGUAGGAAUAUAAAUAAGUAUUGUUUAUAUGUAAAUGUGACUUAGCAUUUUGUAUAUAAAGAAUGAUGAAAGUGUAAAUAAAAACUCAAUACCUUAGAAUAAUACUGAGCCAAAGGCAAAUAAUUAUGUCUAAGUGCAAGGUGCUGUUUACUUGUAUACAAAAUUAGAGAAGAGCUUUAAAUGAAAAGAUUUUGAGAAACCGAAUUCACUGUACGGCAUAUACUACUUAUAUAUUUAUAUUUGUAUAUGUGCUUUGAAGAAUUUAAUAUUGUACAUAUGUCAAAGUAUUUUGUACGUUAAAUAGUUGUUAGAAAUUGCUAGCUGUUUACAAUUUUAGAAAAUGUUUAGGAAGAGUUGAAUGUUAUACUCGAGUCUGAAGACCAGAUAGAAAAUUAGUUUAAUUGAUAAAAGGAGUAAUAAAAUUUUUUCAGGUGUUUAUUGUUAUAAAAUAUCACAUUUCAGUAAGUUCUUUUAGUUUUUUUUUGGCGUGUAUUAAAUUACACAAUGAAAAUUAAUUUACAAAUUCAAAUUGCACCAUAUUUCAGAACGGGUUAGGAUAUUCGAAAUUCAAAUUAAUUAUGCCCUAAUUUUUAGUUAACAUAAUUAUUUGGGUAUUUUCGAUAAAUUAUAUACUUAUGUACUUAAAGUUAUAUAUUACUGGGUACAUAAUUUAUUUUGGCAUUAUGUAACACAUUAUUUAACAUUUAAUAACGUAAUGAUAUUGAUUUUGAACUGUAUGUUUUUUUUACAAUUAUAAACAAAUUUUCUUACAGCCGGAUACCAUAUCUUUAAAUUAUUUGAACUUAGGUUUCUAAGUAAUUCUAAACACAUAGGUGUAUAAAUUAUUAAAAUACGUAUCGUUUCAACAUCACUUAUAUUUGCAAGGCGAUAGAAAUUAACAAAAAUAGAAUGACAAUUCUGAAAGAAAGUUUUGGUUACUUCUCUUCAUUAGUAGUAAUGUGUAAGUUAGAACAUACUUUUUCUCUCAUAUUUAUAUUUAUUGUCUCAUAGAUUUCACUUAUGUUUACAAUCUCAGAAUAUUAAUAAGUUUAUUUUAAGUAAAUUUCUAUUUUUUUUCUACUUUAUAAUUCAACCCGUUGGUUACCUAUGCCCUAUGAUAUUAAAUAACAAUUUGUAAAUAUUUGUAUUUAAAUUAUGUGUAAUUUUGUAGUUUUCCACCAACGUCUCAGUAAUGUGUUUAUAAAAUAUUUGUGUAAUAAAA